AAAGACACGUUCCCCAGUGAACACUAGGACGCACCGAAAAAAAAAAACAAACUAACCAAAACAAAAACACCGUAAGAUCGCGGUACCAGCUGCAAACGAUCCAUUUCCCUUACCUCUGAAUACAUUAAAACCCUUUGUAACGUUCGGUGUGCUGUUGUGCAUUACGGUAAGCGUAAUCGACGUGUGCAUUGCGUGUUCGAGGGUAAGCGUUAAGUGCGAAAACGAGUCGGCGACGAAAUAAGGAACACCGUUUCAGGACUAGCAACUAGCGUAGAAUUGCGGACAGUUGUCGAGCAGCAAGUACAAGAGUGUUUUUUUCCGCGUUUGUGUUUGUGUAUUUUCAAAAGGGUGCGUGUAAGUGCGUUUGUCAGUGUGAAAGGGUGGGUUUACACCCCCGAAAAAGAAGAACAAACACAAAGCUCACGAACCGUGGGUGUACCGAACCUAACAUCCGGAGUCAUUGAACUCCCGAUAAGCGUCCACAGCAUCGGCGUCAGCGACCGCACCGAUCAAAAUUCCCGUUCUGUGUGUGACGUCAUCUAUCAGCCCCUAAACAGCGCUUCACCGGACAAAUAAGGACGCCCAGCUACACAAUGCGUUUGCAAGGCACGUGGUUAACGUUGGCGGUGGGUAUUGUGGUGUUGGCAGCUGCAGGUGAAGCACAGACGCGCCGUCAGCUGCGUGUCCGACCGCGUGUCCUCGCGGCUCCAUCCAGUGCGGAGUAUGUGGACAGUGCGGAAGAUGCACAGCAGGACAAUCGUCCCCAGGCCCAGCAGUACUAUGCCCGGGCUCAGGAGCGGCUCGGUGAUGUGGUGUUGGUAGCCUCAUCGGAUGAAGAUUAUGGCGGUGGUCAGUACGGUGCACCAGUAGCAGCAGCACGGCCCCGUGCCGACACACAGUAUCAGCGGCCGGCGGCCAAGAGCACUACGGCCGCCCCAUUAGCGGCCCGCCAGAAGGCGGCCGCAAGUGAAUCGCGCGCACCACCAGUACAGACGAUCCGCAACUACAGUAAGGUGAACGAUGACGGUUCGUUUACGUUCGGCUACGAAGCAGCCGACGGUUCGUUCAAGGAGGAAACGCGUGGUACGGAUUGUGUCGUGCGCGGCAAGUACGGUUACAUCGAUCCGGACGGUAACAAGCGUGAGUUCACGUACGUGUCGGGCAAUCCGUGCGAUCCGAACAAUCCCGACGGCAGCGAGGAGGAGGAAAACGAUCGCUCCGAGGGUGGACAGGACGAUUCGAACGAGAACGUGCCACAAAACUAUCCGGUUCGGCGUCCGGUUGCCAUCGCACGGCCAACCUCCGCACCUGCCCGCCAUCAUUCGACACCCGCACCGACACCGGUACGUCCCACGACCACUGUGUUCCAAAACGAUUACCAGGAUCGUCGCCAGCAGGAAUCGGCUGCCGAUGGUGAGGAGGAAGUUCAGAUUGGACAGCGUGGUUCCUCUACCCGUCCGGCGGCACGACCAUUCGCCGGCUCCGUCACCACAACCCAGCGUCCCCGGGUACAGAUUGUAAGCACUACGCCCAACCCGACCCCAACCCUCUACCACAAUCCGGCACCAUCACCACCGCAGACAGUACUGCCGGUGAACAUCACCCCCAAGCCGGUGUACCGUGUAUCACCGCUCCCGACCCAGCCAACCCUUGCGCCGACCACCUACCGUCCAACCUCCCCAAGUACGCGCGGACCGUCAAUUGACUUCGAGGCCGAGUUUAAGCGAUUCCAGGCAGACAACAAGCUGCCCAGCCCAUCGACACCGUCCGCACCGAGCACCGCACCGAAACCCACCGGAUCGCCAUUCGGGCGUCCGUCCGGUCCGCAGCUGGCCACCGGUAACCCGAUCUACCAGUCGCAGCUUAUCUUCGAUCCUGCCUCCGGUCAGUACGAUACCGCACUGUACCAACAGCUGCCCCAGAGCGAUGGUGACUUCCAGCUGAACCACCGCAUCCAACCGUACGUUGCCGGACCGCAGCACCAUCAGCAGCAGCAACAUCAUGGUGCCGGACAGCUUGUCACACUCGAGCAGCUACAGCAGCAGUCCCCACUGUACCGCUCGCAGCCAUCGCCGUCGGUUGCCGGACGGCCACCGGUAGGACCGCCCACCGUACAGAUCCCGCAGCAGCUCUACCAGAAGCAGCAGAACGAACUGCAGUUCAUCAACAGCCAGCAGCUGUUCGCCCAGCAGCUCGAGCUGCAACAAAGCCAGCUGCGUGCUGAUCGGCUCGAGGCGGCCAAAAAGGUAACGGGGCCACCAAUGCACCGUUUCCAGCCGCAACCGCAGCCACAGCAGCAGCAACAGCAAUACUACUUCAUCCAACCCCAGGGUCCACCACAGGGCGCACCCGGACAGAUUGAUGCGUUCCUGCGGGGUCACAACAUUGAGUACUAAGAGCUGAACGGCAGAGUGUAUCCCAGCCGUGGUACUGCCACACCCGCUGGAGGUUCAGUUUUGGUGUUUUUGUUUUCUUCUCUCAUUCUUCUUUGCAAGUGUGCGUGUGUUUUGACUAAUGUUUUAUUAUUAUUUCAUGUUCUACACAUAGUUCGUUACAUGCACACCUUUGUAGUUGCAUUCGUGAAGCCAUUCUAAGGUUUCUAUGUUUUUUUUCUCUUUUGCUUUGUUUAUUUAUCGAAUUGUUUCCUUGUAUUGCAUUAGCAUCACGUUGUGUUCUAUUCCUUUCUUUUCCUUAUUUUCCUCUUUUCAUUGCUUGCUCUAUUUUCUUCUCUCUUUUAAAUGUUUUCUUAUUUAUUCCUUCUUUUUCUAUAUCAUCUUUCCAUUUUUAUAUCUUAGUAUACGCACGCUUUUGUGUGAUACUCCUGCACAGUAGAUCUACUUAUUAUCUUCUCUUGCUCUUGCUCAAAAUUUCCGCCUACACACACACAAACACUAUGGAUAUGUCUUUUCAAGAUACCGGCACCACCAACGUGGUUUCCAUGACUUCCAAUAACAACCCUUCUCCUCUUCUUUUCGCUAAGAGACAAGUACUGUAAGACUAUUUUUACUCUACGUUAAGGACAACAUUAAGCAUUAGCCGAUCUGCGUUUGUCGAUCAGUGUGACGGGUGGCCCGUGUCGUAUUGAAUCCGAGAUUGAACGAGCAAAUGGAACAGAAAUAAAAACGAACAAUUGAACAAAAGCACACCGCAGAACGGAACAGUAAAUAGUGCUCAAACGGUGAAACAAAAUUGUGCGAGCCGUGUGUAAAAACGCACCACCCCAAAAAAAACCGCCCUUCCCAAUAGCGUUUAUCUGCGAGUUGUACAUGUAAGGAUCAAUUAACAUAUAAAAAAAAAGAAAGAACAGUAACAAAAACGACGAAUACGGUAACGAAAUAAAUAAAGGAAAAAACGUUCGAAACAAA